ACCGUUGAUUGUCUUUGCUGUCAAAUUUUUGUUUUUUUUUUUCUACGAAUUGUAAACUGAUAGCAAUUUUCUACAAUUACAAUUAAAUAAUUUAUUAUAACCAGCUUAUACAAAUAUAAUUUGCCAAUCAUUUGAUAAAUUAAAGAAAUGACCGCUGUUCUGGGCGCUGGUAUGAGUGGCCUGUCGGCUGCUUAUUAUUUGCUGCAGAGGUUUGGCUAUCCAGCGACAGUAUAUGAGGCGUCACAUCGUGUCGGUGGUUGGAUACGCACCGAAAGACAUAAAGACAAGGGCUUCAUAUUCGAGAUGGGUCCACGCACGAUUCGGCCCAAGGGUAUACAGGGCGCAAACACAUUGCAGUUAAUAGAAGAAUUGAAAUUGCCGGUCGAUUCGAUUAAGUCGUGGCAACCGGCCGCUAAAAAUCGUUUGAUUUAUGCCAAAGGACAAUUAUGCUUAUUGCCGAACAGCCUUAGUGGAAUUUUCAGAACAAUACCGCCAUUUUCAAAACCGCUAAUAAGUCAAAUUAAACAGGAUUUAGUAACCGGACAAAAGAAAUUGAAACUCGCCGAUGAAUCAAUUUACGAUUUUGUUGAAAGACGUUUCGGUGCAGAAUUGGCCAAUUAUGCGAUUAGUCCAUUGAUAUGUGGUAUCUGUGCUGGUGAUGCCAAAGAGAUUAGUGUGCGCUUUCUAAUGAAUGACCUAUUUGAAAAGGAGCAAAAGUGGGGUGGCAUCAUAAAAGGUGUGGUUUAUGAAAGACUAUUUGGCAAUAAGAAUAAAACACCUGCUGCGGGCAUCUUUGGGAAUGCCAUGCCCAAAUUGUAUGAGCAAUCGCUGAAAGAGAAGUGGAGCAUGUAUAGAGUGCCUGAUGGUCUGGAUACGCUACCACGCACAUUAUGUAAUUACUUGCAAGAGAGAGAGGUGAAUAUGCAAUUUACAUCGGAAUGCCGCGAAAUCACAUUCACACGUAGCGGUAUUAGAAUGAAUAUUAAAGGCGUCGAUGUGGAUCCUAAGCAUGUUAUUGCAACUAUUCCAACGUACAAGUUGGCAACCUGCGUAAAAGAUCAACAUCCUUCGUUGGCAGCAUUACUCAUGGCUAUAGAGUACGUUGAUGUGGCCGUCGUCAACUUACAAUAUAAUAUUAAGGAUUUACUUAAGAUGAAAGCUUUUGGUUUUUUGGUGCCUCCCAUAGAACGGAUUCCCAUACUUGGCGUAAUCUUCGACAGUUGUUGUUUCGAUAUGGAAGGCAAUACAAUACUUACGGUUAUGAUGGGCGGACGCUGGUUUGAGGAGAACUUCGGUAAGGAUCCAACACCGAAAAAGUUGCUGGAUACAGCUUUGCAAUAUUUGGAUGUGGUAAUGGGUAUAGCAGAAGAACCACGUUUGACACGUGUGCACGUACUAAGGAAAUGUAUACCGCAAUACACGGUCGGGCAUACGCAACGUGUCGCCGAUAUACGACGUUAUAUCAAACACUAUAAACUGCCGUUGACAUUAUGUGGUGCGGCCUAUGAUGGCGUUGGUAUAAAUGACGUUAUACUAUCAGCACGUACACAGGUAGAGUCCUUGCCUGGUGUGGAUGAUUAAAUUGAUGGAAUUUAAUUGGGUGGUGUAAUGUGUUUGAUUACGACAAUGCAGUAAUACGCUGCAAUAUUGUAUUGUUAUUUGAUUUUCUAUUAAUUUAUAUUGAAUUUAUAAUUAUCCAAAACUAAAAAGAUUUUAACAGUGUAAAACA